CGUCGACCUUUUCCCACAGUAACAUAAUGCGGUUUCUUCUCGCCCCUCCGGCUGUUGGUUUAAGGAAACCUAACUAGUCACCGGGAAGGGGUUUCUUGCGCUCCAUGCUUGUUUCCUCUGCUUGAUCGCUAUCUCCCCGAGUCAAAGGCGGAAUCUUCAACCUCAGACUGCAAACGGCGAAUGGUCACGGUGGCCAGCUGCAGCGCAGUAGAAUUUUACAGCUUUUGCUAGGCCGUUUUAACUCUAGUUUGUUGCAUCAUUGAUGUUUUGAAUCAAUGCUCAAUUCAAGUCGAUUGAUUCAUGAUGGUCAAGACCAAGGCCACCCCUUUCCAAGAUUCAAAGCAAUGGUCUCGCUGGACCUUUUACGCUGUAAUCCAUCAAUCACCCUUCACAGCAUAAGUUACGAACAGGAUCGUGGCCUCAACUCCUGGCAUUUUAUAUUUAUUUAUGCAACGAUCUAUUAGGCGCCGGUGACUUCAUCGUGUUCUCGUGUGCACUCUUUUAGUUAUCGUCGGACCUCUAGUACUCCUGCUUGCCCUGAAACAACUCAAAGCGCCAGCCCCGUUCAGAUUGAAGGCUGUCCCGCACGUGCCAUUGGAUCUCGAUAUGAAGAGGUUGUUUUAAAAUCUGCCUAUUCGUGCUCUCCUCUCAUAUAAAGCGCCAACGCUCGCUCUGCAGUUGUUCAUUCUUACCAUGUCCCCCUCUUUAGAUUCCUCCGCUUUAGCCAUUAGGCGUAGAAGAGCUCCGAUGGCCUGUCGAAAUUGUAGGAAGCGGAAAAUCAAGUGUGUCACCAACGAAGACCCCCCCCAUAAUCCAUGCGAAAGAUGUACGAGGAAAGGUCUCCAUUGUGAAUACGUUGCAGUCGGAGAUGAAACCCCCCCAUCUAGCCCAAACGGGCCCCCACCGAAUUCGCCGCCACAUUCCACAACAGGCCAAGCAUAUUACGGUUUACACUCUCAGCAGCACCAGCAAUCACAUGCUUCCCUCUACCCUACGACACAUAGUGGCCUCCCUUCGAUACCACGGUCAUUGAACCCAACAUGGAAUAGCCCAUCUAUGUCCUAUGGGGUCGAUAUGCCCGCGAACUACUCUUACUCUGGGACUCCAUCCCAAACACAGGCUUGGCCGCAAACCUACAACUCGUCUUCAUAUCCGUCGCCUUUCCAUGCUCAAACAUCAUAUCCCGGUUAUUCCCAACCACAGCCGCCUGGAACGAUACCCGGCCAGACGUAUCAACCCGCUAUGUACGGCCACAAUCAACGGACUUAUUGCGUAUGCAAUGGGCCGUGCAUCUGCGGUCGAGGAGUACAAGGAUGACAUCUUACUGCUGGCUGGCAUGCUUUGACACUCACGUCCGUACGGUUUAGUUCGCCGCGCACCGGACCAUAUCCAUUCUCGUUUUCGUUCCAGACGGCACUCCUAAUUAUGGCUCGCAACUGUACCUCAUAUUGGACGAUGUACGGCCUGGUGCCACAUAUCCUCGUAAUCACUUUAUAAUAUGAUCAUCGUAUACAAUCUUACAGACGAC